AAUGCAGUUGCCUUGAAAAAACGCGGUGGACUGUUCGGGAUUAUUCUUCGCUGUUUGAGUUUUCUCGUAACAUCAUGGCGAAGUGGGGAGAAGGGGAUCCACGAUGGAUUGUUGAGGAGCGAGCAGAUGCAAAAAAUGUCAAUAAUUGGCAUUGGUCUGACAAGGAUGCUACGAAAUGGUCAGUCAAAACAAUAAAAGAGUUGUUGCUAGGUUGUCAGUUUGAAGGUGAUUUAUGUAAGUAAGCGAUUGCUGUCCAUUAACGGCAUCGCUGUUUUUUAAAGAUGCUUGCAAGAUCACUGAUGUGCCGAAAUGUGAGGGAGAAGCUAACGUUCACGUUCGCAAGGGGAAGUUAAUAUUCUUUUAUGAGUGGCAGAUUGAGGUUGAGUGGGAAGGUCACAUGAAGCGUCCCGACGAUCAAACGAAAUUCAAGGGGAAGGUAGAAAUUUUGAAUAUGAGUGAUGAGUACACGGUGGAUGAGCUUGAUACAAAUAUCAGUUGUACUUCUUCCAGUUCUGAUGGUGAUUUAAUGAGAGGUUUUGUUAAAUUGGCUGGCAUUGAAUGUAUCAAGUCUAAGUUAGAACAAUACCUUAAACUCCUUAAAGAAGAGUAUGGUCGGGACCUCAUUCUUCCAACAAAGAAUGAAGCAGAUGGGAAGCCCACUAAUGUGCUUCAGUCUGGUGCAGUGCAGAAUAAACUGAUUAGUCAGGAUACUCGCAAUAGUAAUGAAGUCAAAGAGCCUAAAGACAUAUCAAACAAAAAUCUUUCGAUAAUGGAUGAAUUUUUUUGCACGCCGGAUGACCUUUAUAGAGUCUUCACUACUAAGGAGUUGAUUCAAGCUUUUACAAGAUCUGAGGCUAUUGUAGAUUCAGUUGUCGGUGGAACGUAUUCCGUCUUCAGUGGAAACAUAACAGGGAUUUUCGAUGAACUAAUUCCUGGGAAAACAAUAAAGAUGAAAUGGCGUAAACGUGAGUGGCCUGAAAGUCACUACAGUAACCUGACAUUAGAGCUAACGGCUUUUGAAGGUGGGACGCGUCUUUCUCUAUCUCAGACAAAUGUUCCUGCCUACGAUCUGGAAAAUACACGUAAUGGUUGGCGUACUAUCUUCCUUUCUGCACUUAAGCAAACAUACGGAUACGGUGGACGUAUGUUUUGAAUAUUAUCAGACACACACUAUGAUGCAUAUUUACUCAGCACGAGAGAAAAUUUGCGGCAACAUAUACUAAUCGACUGUAUUCUUAUACCUGUCGUUGUUGGUAUUGCGAGCAGCUGACAUCUUAAUAAAACACUUUGUUUU